CGGGCGCUUGCAGUUCGCUCGUAUCUGUCUCGAAGCGCGGUAGUACUGCGAGUAUCGGUACCGGCGUAGGUACUACAAGACCCGGGCGAUGUGUAAUCGGGUGAUCUCUUCAGGCCAGAUGGUCCUUUUCGGUCAGUGUUAAGUUUUUCUCAUCUGCUGCUGACAGGAAUCUUACAUUUGAAGUAAAACUACAAAACUGAACUAUACAAUGCGUCUACUUUGUUUGAACUAUUAUCUUGAACAGUGUUUCUCGAAGAUUGAGCUAGAAUAUACAAUGUUUUCGGUUUGUUUGAACUAAUAUCUCGAACCGUGUUUCUACUGAUAUAAUCACAAGUGAUGGCUACUAUCUGCUUCCGCCCACCGCCUCUACCCCCAAAUAAGAAGUCCGUCCUGGGCAACGGAACGGUGCGGUGUCCCAAAAAGAACAACCCCUUACUUUCCUCCACCUAUCUGAGUUUCGUGGACCCGUGCGACGGGGUGGUCGAAUCGAUCGAAAUGAAGAACUUGAAGAGCAAGAAAUGUCGGAGGGUGUCGCACACGAACUCGCUGAACCGCGGGCGCGACUUCAAAACGGUACUGACCAGGAGCCACUCGGAGGGACACCUGGAGCAGAAGGGAGUGGAGGAGGUGGGACAGCCGCUGUCCAUCAGCCGGUACAUGAGGGUGCUGAGCGGCAGCUGGAAGAAUCUGCUCAAUCUGGGCGGCAUGUCGCGGCCCCCGAAACCAGCCGCAACCGUCAAGAAGGUGGCCCCGCCGGCAGUGCCCCACGAGUUCCGCCAUUCUGGAAGUUCCUUCGGUAGUGCCGGCUAUGGAAGCUCGGAGGAUGGAAGCGGGGGAUAUCUGGCGCCCAGCGAACAGUCUGGAGUACCAAGAGAUGACCACUCAGACUACGGCAGUACAGUCAGCGGCAGCACGGGCAAAUCCCCAGGACCCAUAUUCCCGCCCCCGUUCACGUUUCCUGGUCAGCCGCCCCCCGGAGCGGUGCUCACCCACAAGGCGGCCGUGUACUACCAUCACCAGCUCAGUUUACAAGAGGACCAGGGUAUUGACAUGACACAGUCCCCAGGUCGAGAUAGUCCAGGUUCUUCCAGUGGGAGCGCGGGUUCUGGGUCCAGACAUAGUACCGCUUCCCUCGACAGCGGCAGGGCGUCGUACCAUCCUCUGAGCACGGCAGGGAGAAGUACCAUAGGUUCUUCGAAUAGCCCCAGGUGUUCUUUGAGUUCGUGUUCGAUCGGAUCCGAUCAAGGCAGGAUAGAAAGAAUGAUCCAUCAAGGAGUACCAGACCAAGAUAUCAUUCACUCGUGGCUGGUAGACUUGCAAUUCGAAGAAUACUACCCAUUGUUUGUGUCGGCGGGUUAUGACUUACCGACCAUCGGCAGAAUGACUCCAGAAGAUCUCACAGCUAUUGGAAUUAAGAAACCAAAUCAUCGGAAGAAGUUAAAAGCCGAAAUUGCCCAGUUGAAUUUACCUGACAACUUGCCGGAGUUUAUUCCUGGCUCAUUAGAAGAAUGGUUAAAUCUUCUCCGUUUGGACGAAUACCUCUCCGCUUUCAUCGAGCAAGGGUACCAGACAAUCGAUGAUGUCGCUCAACUGACCUGGGAAGACUUGGAAGAGUUCGGCAUAGUUAAAUUGGGCCACCAAAAGAAGAUCAUGCUGGCGAUCAAGCGGAUCAAAGAUAUCAAGGCGGGCAAAAGGAUCAACUCGGAAUCCAACAGGAUCUAUUCGACACAAGACGUGUUGGUACACGUACCCAUGGACCUCCCCUCGCCCGGAGCGCCCCCUCAGGUGCACAGUACGUUCCGCUCGUUCCACCAGCCCUGGGAGAUCGACCAGACGAGGCACAUGACGACGUCGAUGGGCCCCACUACCAACCCAUCCUAUACCUAUUCAAUGUAUUGCACAGAUAUUGUGCCCAUCAAGAUCCGUACCGGCCGGGGCAAAUCCCUCGAGUCCCUCGAAGACCCCAACGAAAGGACGCACCACACCUUCUCCGCCGACAACACCCAGACCUUCUACUACCAGCAACCGGUCGGUUGGCGCGUCAGAUCCUACGACGACGGCGACUUAACGCCCACCAACGAGACCGCCUUGCUCUACGAGGGCGGCGGUACCCUCCCCCGACCCCGCGGCAUCAUCCGGCCUAGACCUAUCGCGAAAAUCACGGCCAAAGCGCGGGAAACCUUCCCCGACUUCGAGAAGCCCCAGUUCAACCCCGAGAAGUACUCGGCCGGGCCGCAGUACAAGCCGGUGCCGAACGCCUACGCGCAGUACGGCAGUCCGAUGAUGGGGAAGAAGAUACCGCCGAAUCCGCCCAAGAGGAGGGAUAGCGAGUGCGGGUCGGAGGAGACGACAACGGUGGAGAUCCACCACGUCCAGACGUCGAGUCCGUUGCCGUUGCCCGCGUAUCCUAGUUCGGAUAGUUUGAGUAUAUCGUUGGAUAGCGGGGGUGAUUUGCCUUUGCCUCCUCCGCCGGCGCCUGGGACGCCGCCUGGGAAACUGAAUUCGUCGCAGAGUUGGGGAGCGGAGGAGCAGGAGUUGAUCAAGACGCUGGCGUUGCAACAUCGGAACGGGUCUGACGCUAGUUUUAAGUCGAGUUCGAGUACAGAAUCCGAUUCUCUACCUUUUGCUAACGAGAACGCCGGUACGAUCCGCACCAGAGCGGGUACGGCCGGCCGCCAAGCAGAGUUCUCAUCGCCGAAGCCCAGACCCGGACUUCCACCGCAUCCGUCCCCGACGCCCAACACGAGCAGAACGCCAAACACCAGUUCACGCAACAGGGCCGAACAGCCAGUGGACGUACUAAAUGAUAUCGGAAACAUGUUGGCCAACCUGACAGACGAACUGGACGCCAUGCUGGAAGAAGAAAAGAGACAGCAAUAGAAGACUGAGCGCGCUAUAGCCAAGAAGAGAUAGAAUACAAGGUGCGCAAUGGCAGAUUUCCUACACUAGGGAGACAUCCAACUCGGACACUGAUUAGGAUUUAUUUAUGCUAGACGCUAUUUCCAAUACGGUCACUGUCCAAGAGGGACGCACCGAUAUAUUUUUGUACAGGUGUAAAUUUGUAAAGAAUCGUUUACAUUUACAUCGGAAACGAGGCAGAAAUUAGAGAUCUCCCGCGACAGCGCAAGUGUAUUCACGUCCAUCGUUCACGUCUUUGUCGGACGUUUUUUUGUACAUACCCACGAAUCUUCCUUAAACAGUGUAAGGAACUUUAUACAGAUAUACUGUUUAGUAUACGGGCGUGAAAAACAGACAUUUAGAAAUGAAAUAGUUGGUGUUUUUAUUACCUUUACACCGAAAGAAAUUGUAAUGUUAUUUUAAUGGUAGCGGUAAGUCUCAAUUGUUUUAAGUUUUUUUUCUAACGAGUCAUUCUCAGAAGACUGGUAGAGAUCUACGUAGAGUGGUGUUUUUGAGCCCGUCGUUUUUGUGCCAUAACUAAGUAGCGUUUGUGUCACGGAGAGGUCUCAAACACAUCACUCCUAUAAUCGUUUUUGAUUUUAUGAUGGUUUCUAGACGUUUUUUGGUUAUGUCCCAAAACAAAAAA